AGGAAGAGUAAUCCGGAAGUUAGCUUGCGUAAACCUAGGUCUUCCGUCGAGGUGUGUUGAUAAUGAAGUAAUGUCAGUCUAAUCUUUUAGUUUGGCCAAGUAUUGGCUGGCAUUUCACGGAGUUUAUCUUCUCGUAGAAAGCUGAUUCGCACCAGGAAUGGCUUGAUGAGGAAACAACGCAAGAAAUAAGAUCCCCUUGUGGCAAGAGCAAUAGCUCUUGAUAGCUAACGUGUAAUGUAAUAAGGGGACAAUUUUAAGUCAAUAAAACCCUCCAACUGUGGCAUAGUCGGUGAGCCAGUGAAUCAUGAGAUUGGCAGGGCCGUUGCGAGCUGUGGCUGUGCUGCUGUUGGUUGGACUCACAUGGGUGUUGGCCAACACUAUCUUUGGAGGGGACAGUGGCUCCUCUGUGCGACAUUUCUUCACUGGUGCAAGUGAGGAACCAACACCUGAGCCUCACCCUCGUAGGUAUAAAUGUGGCCUGUCGGCUCCCUGUCCGUCGAAACACCUGGCGUUCCGCUUGGUGUCUGGUGCUGCCAAUGUCAUCGGCCCCAAAGUCUGUUUGGAGGACAAGAUGCUGGUGAGCAGUGUGAAGAAUAAUGUCGGCAGAGGGCUAAACAUAGCUUUGGUAAAUGGGGUAACAGGAGAGCUCUUGGAGACAAAGUCCUUUGACAUGUGGGCAGGAGAUGUUACUGACCUCUUGAAGUUUCUUCGGCCGCUUCACGAGGGGACACUUGUGUUUGUUGCUUCCUUUGAUGAUGCAGCUACAAAAAUGAAUGAUGAAGCUCGGCGGCUGUUUGAGGAGCUUGGGAGCACGGCAGUGAAGGAAUUGGCCUUCAGAGACAGCUGGGUGUUUGUAGGGGCCAAGGGCAUAGAGAAUAAAAGUCCCUUUGAGCAGCGAAUGAAGAACAGUAAGAGCAGCAACAAGUAUGAAGGCUGGCCUGAGUCUCUGGAGAUGGAUGGCUGUAUUCCCCUGCGAGCACCCCUGGAGACCUAAACCUGUCUAGUUUCCAAUGAGCAGGCAGAUACAGAAGCCAGAGCAGCAGCAGUGACUAUCACAGCAGAUGAAAAUACUGUUACUAGGCCAAGGAAGUGAUGAAUGACUAAAAAAACAAUUUCCAAGAUGUGGACCAACUGUUUACCAUGUUUAUGUCUUCUCCUGGAGGGGGCGUAAGAUGACUGCAAGGGACAUUGUCUUGAGAAUAUAUAUGUUUAAGAAUUGCUGGAUGGUACAAUAGAGGAUUUGAACGCUAGACUUGCUGGGCACUACUAAGCCAUUUUUGAGCUGAAGUGGUGUGUCGGUGUGUUACAAAGGACCAUGUAAUGUAAAGGGAAAUUUCAGAGGCCAAAUGUUGAUGACCAAAAUGCAAUGGAGACCAGAGAAUGAACAUGCAUAGCAGAACUUAGGUCUUCCAAAGCUAUUGU